UGUCCCCCACAUCCCCUAUGUCCCCAGCAUCUCCAGCGUCCCCCACAGCUGGCACCACCGAGGACACGGGGGGCAGCAAGAGGGGUGCUCCAGAGAGGGGGGCACGGGACAAGGCAGCCCCCGGUUCAGCGGGACAGAGGCUGAAGCUGGAGGGGGCUGGGGGACGGCCACGAGUGGGAUCCCGGGCACAGGGGCGCAGCGCCAUCCUGGAGAAAUUUGGAGGGGCUGCCAAGGGCCCAGCCCCACACCUGCGGCGCUCAGGGGGGGCCGCCACGGUCAAGACGAUGCUGCUGGAGUGGUGCCGCGCCCGCACCCGUGGGUACGCGCACGUGGAUGUGCAGAACUUCUCUGGGAGCUGGGGCAGCGGCCUGGCCUUCUGCGCCCUCCUGCACAGCUUCUUCCCCGACGCCUUUGACUUUGCUGCCCUGGAGCCCAACGCCCGCCGGGAGAACUUCGCCCUGGCCUUCGCCACUGCCGAGGAGCGGGCGGGCUGUGCCCCGCUGCUGGAGGUGGAGGACAUGGUGCGGCUGCCGGUGCCCGACGCCAAGUGUGUGUACACGUACGUGCAGGAGCUGUACCGCUGCCUCGUGGCCAAGGGGCUCGUGAAGACCAAGAAGCGCUGAGAGGGUCCCCCACAGCCCCCCACCUGUGCCAUCCCCCUCUUUGUCCCCUGCUCUGUCGCCCAGCAGUAAAGUUCAUGG